AUGCUCUUUAAGUGCCACAGUUGGAAGCAGCUGUCACACAGCGAGUUCCCUCUGACCUCUGUGUCGCUCACUGACCCCAAUCAUCCUGUUCAGACACUUAAUGGUUUGAAACAGGAGUGUGUGGUGCACCACCACAACCUUCUGCGCCUCAGCAGCGGCCCUGUGGACAGCGCCAGUAAGAAGGGUCUGCUCCCAGGAAAUGUCCCGACUGCAGCCCCACCACAGAGCCAGCUGCUCCUGACCCCGGCCAGCCUCCAACUGGCACAACUACAGGCACAGCUCACCCUCCAGCGCCUAAAGCUGGCCCAGGGGGGCAGCCCAGCCUCUGCAGCCGUCCUUAAUCAGGUCCUCUCCAGCGUGGCCAUGACUCAGCCCUUGUUUAAUCACCUACGAGCUUCAACCAUGGUUGGAAACCCUCAGACCACAUUCACCUCAGGGGUCCUUGGAUUUCCUUCCUCUAAUUCCACCUUAAAUGCUUUGGCCGGUGGAGUGUUUAAUCAAAGUUCAAACUCGCUGCAUCCGAGCCAGCCGAUGGGGGGGGGCACAGGGGCGCAGCAGACUAUGGACUAUGGCAAAAAGGCUGGAUCAGCUUACCCCUCUGAUACUGACAGACGGGUUCAGUACAACGUGAUUGGAGGUACAUCUGCUACAGCUAGUACAGACAGGCAGUACUCUCUGAUCAAUACUCAGGUGAAACACUUAGGUAGAGACUUGUAUGGUCAGGAUAUAAAAGGGCAGCAGGCUGGGUUCAGCCUAAAUGAGCAGAGUGUGUAUAACUCCACAGUGCAAAGUGACCACUGGAAAGGCUCAGUCAGUCAUACAGGAAACUGUGAGGCCUCAAACACCAGCCCUCUAUGGACAGCAGCUGGACAACCACUCCGCUCCCGACCAGAUCUGUACAACCCAGAGGAGCCCACCUCUGACCCCAAGUUUAACCCCAGUGGGCUGCAGGGAUUUGGGGGCUACCAGGCGCUACAUGGAUGUGAAGAACUCAAGAAACUGCAGCCGCAUCAAGUCAACGAUUAUUACGGCGUCACUCCCUCUCAGCUGCCCCACCAGUGCAGCAUCUGUGACAAGAAGGUCUACAACCUCAAGGACUGGGAGCAGCAUGUGAAGGGAAAACUGCACCUCCAAAACAAAACUCAGUACAACAGUGAGACCUCGGCCGUGGCAUCGACUGGAGCGGUUCACUAUGCUGUGGGCAGACCCUUGGAAGCACCAGUGAACUCGGGACAAACAAACUCUAUGGUCUAUAGCACCUCUGGUCAAGAUGGAUCCUUGGGGGGCAGUUCUUCAUUCCUACCAGCUGCAGCCAUGAAGACAUAUCCCCUCUCAGACACUGGUUUCACCCCUCUGCAGCUCGAUCCAAAGUCCUUUCCUCCCAGGAAGGGGACUGUGGGGAGAGUGGUUCACAUCUGUAACCUCCCUGAAGGUAGCUGCACUGAAAAUGAUGUCAUCAACCUGGGACUGCCUUUUGGGAAAGUCACCAAUUACAUCCUCAUGCGUUCCACACAUCAGGCCUUUCUGGAGAUGGCUUAUGUUGAAGCUGCCCUGGCAAUGGUUCAGUACUACCAGCUCACCCCAGCUAUGAUCAACAAUCAGAAACUCCUGAUUCGAAUGUCCAAAAGAUACAACGAGCUGCAACUUAAGAAACCAGGUAAAGAUGUUGAAACAAUCAUCCACGACAUCACCUCUCAGCGAGAAAGAGAGGAGAUACAGGAACAAGAGCACUACCUGCCUGGCAGGGCCCGCUCCCGCAGCCCCAUCAGCCGCUCUCUGAGCCCUGGUUUCACCUGUGAUACCCCCGAGAGUGCACAGGGGGCAGUCUGUAGGGGUGCAGAGCGAGGAACCAAUGGACUGGUGCCCCACAGAAACUCCUGGGACUGGGCCUCUCUCCCUCGGAGAGCAGUGGAUGAGAGGGAAGACCCAUGGCAGGAUGGGUGCUGUCCAGAUGAAGAUAGGACAAAUGGGUGGGGUGUAGACCGCCGUAAAUCCUACCAGAAACUCACAGAUCACAUGAACUUAAGAUGCGCCGAGGAGCGUGGAGGAACCAGGGACUGGCACCCACAGAGAAUGUCUUACAGGAAUAUGGAAGACAGCUACUACACAAAGGAGCAAAUAUACAAGCCUCCCAGACCCCCAUAUCAAAGACAUGACCUCAAGUCCAAGAGAAGAGACGCCGAUUACCACCGGCCCAGGCACUCUGAGCUCGACACAAGCUCUGAGCCACCAAGAGCAGAGGACAAGAGAAGCUCACCAGAGAGAGGCCGGAGCAAAAAGACAUCCAAGAAACACAGCAGCGCAGAGAGGCACAGUAAAGAGCGCAAUACCGAACAGACUGAACGACAUUCAAAAGAAAAGUCUGCAACACCUCAACGCAGUACUCCGCCAAAGGAAACCAAUGACCAUGAAAAAGUAGAAUGCGAGAGGGAUGUUGAAAAGACUGAAGACACAGAUGAAGAGUGUUGGUAUCCAAAAAACAUGGAGGAACUGGUGACUGUUGAUGAAGUUGGAGGAGAGGAUGACAUCAUUGAGCCGGACCUUCCAGAACUAGAGGAAUCCCCAUGCAAGGAGUCAGUGCACGUGGAACAACAACAUGAAGCAUCCGCAGAUAAAAAAGAGGCUGUGUGUACAGAGGAGAAGACGAAUGCGGAGGUUGAACCAAAAACUUUUUUACUGGGCAGUUUGGAGACUAACAAAUGUACAGCAUGUCCUGAAGAACCUAAACUUCAUACAUCAACACUAAAAGACUUAAAUGACUUUCAGAGGCGGUUCAAAACCAUGAUGGAGGAUAAUGACACUGCAAAUGGUGUUAUACAAAGGGACAUAGAAAAUCAUGUUCUUAAUGCAGAGGAAGACAAACAGCAGGAGACUGAACCUAUGCUCAAUGGGGCACAAUUUACACAGGAUUUUGAGGCCCUGUUGCCAUCUUGUGAGCAGGACAAGGCGGUCAAUGAGCACAGCAUCCCUUUAGGGGUGGAGUUCAUUGUGCCACAGGCUGGUUUUUACUGUAAGCUCUGUAGCCUGUUCUACACCAGUGAGGAGAUGGCAAAGGCAGCACACUGCCGCAGCGUGGUGCACUACAGAAACCUCCAGAAAUACUUGUCCCACUUAGCAGAAGAGAGUCUUUUAGGUCAGUUCACACAGUGAAUCCAGCAGGAACCACAUAUGUUCUACUGAAGACAGCGCAGUGUGAGCAGUGACAGUGAAGAUGGAUAUUGCUGAAAUGUGCCACGGAAGCUGCGACUAAUGGAUGUCUGCGCUGACUUGAGAGUUUGAAAUGUUUAUGGACACAGCUCUGUAGAGUUAACCGUGUCUGUCAUUUUGUAAAUAACCCACAGCUGGUGAAAUUCAAGGCUGUAGCAGUGAUGUGUGAGUUUAAUGUGAUUCAUUUGCUCUUUUAUUUAAAGUUAAGUGACCCUGGAUUAUGUUAGACUGUACAACUUUUAAGAAGUUUAUUUUUAUAAUGCAAUUUCUCAAUAUAAAAACAAUAUAACAACAAGAACAUACUUGUUGUGUCAUACGGUGGGAAUUAAGGAAGUCCUACAGUUUUGGGUUAGGGCUGAAUCACAUUUAGGCAAGAUGUUGUCUUUUGAGGAGAACAAAUCCUUAAGUAUUUGUUUUUGCUUGUUUUCCAUAUAUAAUACAGUAUUUAGGUCAGAAAUCAAACGUGAAACACCAGUGAUAAGAGUAGUUAAAGCCUGAAUAAUGCACAUUAAGAUUUGGCCUUUUAAAGAGAGUGUCAAACUUAAUUGAGGAGAUUAUAUAAUUAUUAGUAUUGAACACGUUUAACCUUUAAAACUUGAAGUCAUAUCAUGGUCUAAUAAUGUUUUAC